AUGGAUACUUCUGCCGCUGACAGUGAGCCUCAGAGGGCGAGCAAGCUCCGAAAACGGGCGCUCAAAAUCAACAGGACCUGCGUGCCCUGCCGUACGCGCAAGAUCAAGUGCGAUGCGGCCAUGGUCGGCCUCCCCUGCGGUAGUUGUUCCGCUAGGCAGUGUAUGAAUGACUGUGUACUGCCGACCCGUAAGACCCGGACCAAGUUAGUGCGAUGCUACAAAACCUCUGAUACCUGUCGAAAGAGUAUAAACAACCCAGCUGCCCUCAACAGCAAUACCCCAGAUGAACUCCAUCAAUCCAAUCAAGCACAACACUCCGCUAAUGCCGAUUCCCCGGACUAUGGAAGCCCCCAUCAGACUGAGCCAGAUCUGCUCUACAUCAACAUUCUGAACGACGCCGUAAAGGCAUCUGCAGCAUCAAGCCCAAUUCAUUCCGCUUCCGACGCCCCGUACCGUUCAGAGCUUCAACCCAGUCUUACUCCUCGCAACUGUUGUUGGGCCAGGCUCCCCCAAUUGGAUGAUAUUGACAACGAAUAUCUUGCUAAGAAGGGGGUCUUUGAUCUACCUUCACAACAUCACCUAGAUGCCCUCGUGAAGGCAUACUUUGACCACGUACACCCUUUUCUUCCUGUGAUAAACAGAGCAGAGUUUAUACGCGGCUAUGAGUCUGGGGACUGCUCUUUGUUCCUACUCCGUGUUAUGCUGACACCAGCCAGCCUCCACGCAUCAGUAGAUGUGCUAUCGGCCUGUGGCUUUUCCAGCUGCUCAGCUGCGCAAGCGUCAUUCUUUGCCAAGGCCAAUCUGCUCCAUGACCUUGUCGGUGACGACGACCCGUUGGUGAUGCUACAAGGAUCUAUCAUCUUGUGCACGGUGAUUCUUGACCACCCCACGAGCCGGGACUUUGGCUACUGGUUCCACAACGCCAUCAAUCUAGCCACCAAGCUUAAUCUACACGACUCGUACGUGCCUCUCUCCUGGGCUAUGCCACCUGUGUUAUGUAUUAAACGUAUAAAAAUUGACAACAAGGCCCUGUAUAGCUGUGUCCGAGAAAGUAAACCUCGACGAGUCUUGAAGCUGUACCGAAGGAUGUGGCGCCAAAGACUGCUCGGAAAUACCCCUGAAAUCAAGCCGAGGACGGAAGAUGACUGGGAAGCAGAUGAUCUCUCCGCAGCAUCGUCCAGUGGCCUAUUAUCUGCCGUCACUCCCCAGCAAAAAGCUUUACCCAUUGUCCAUUGCGAGUUAUCUCUAAUAUUUGGGCAGUGCUUGUCCGAUAUGAUGAACAAGCCAGAGCAAGAUCCUCGCCUAAUUAUGCACUCACUCGAUGCGUGGCGCAAAUCCCUCGCUGCCAAGAUGCAUGUCAGCGAGGAUACUGGAACUGACGUCUACUAUUUGAAUAUACAAGCUAUGAGCUAUCGGUUUGAGUGUGUCUUGUACCGUCUUAUGCGACGUGUUUGGCAGCAAUCCCAGCAUACGGACCGGGGCGAAUGGGUCAAAGUACGGCUACGGUCAGCCAUCCUUGAGCUAGACACGAUUGCGAUGAGGGUGUUCAGUAGUGGCACCCUUCGGAAUUUCCCCAUGUCUUUUAUCACUACGCUAGCCGCUCUGCUCGCUCUGCAUAUCGAAUCGGCUCUUGACCCAACCGAAACAGACCUCAUACGUUCCAUGGCUGGGAUAUCCAUCAGCCAGAUAAUGAUUAUUCUCAACCACGGAAAGGAAAUACCUGCACUGAAAAGAGCACUUCCAGUAUUUGGAGAAGUUCUUGCACGGAAGCAAUUGUCCUUGAUUUCGCUCGGCAGCCUACAUCAAGAGCCUAUACAGCCGCAGUCGCAAGACAACGCCAUAGACGCUUACACUUCGCCGCGUGGACAGAUGGGCGCAGAUUCGUCUCAAGUAGAGCCGCCCGUGAAUAACCUGUCUCCUGAUAUGGACUUUCUAGGGUUUGAUUUCUUGGAUGAGUGGCAGGUUGGUGACCUGGAGUUCACUAAUUGA